CUUUUUGGCUCUCUAAGGCCAGUUUACUGCGUGUCUUUCCCCGCCUUCAGACAACCAACCCAUGGUUCCCGUAAUAUUGCACGAAGGUCACAGGACUGGUCACUCCAUGCCAAACCUUCAUCUAGAUCAUUUUAAAGAAGUUAGGACCCGGCCCUCGACGUCCAGCCUCAGCCCUGGGAGAGAAGAGCCCAAGCCCACCAUGUCUCCUCUUCUUCGCUUGCUGCUCUGCUGUUGUUCCUGCUGGCCUCCGGUCCUCUCGGCAAUCACUGUCUCUCGCCUCCCAGGCUUCCGCGGGGCUUUGCCCUUCUACUUAGAAACCGGGUACGCGACUGUGGACGAGGUUAACGACUCACAACUCUUCUAUUACUUCAUCAAGUCUGAGGGAAACCCAGAAGAGGACCCUCUCUUGCUUUGGCUCUCCGGCGGACCCGGGUGCUCCUCCUUCUCUGCUCUUGCUUUCGAGAUUGGUCCUGUUCAAUUUGAGAUUGCUGAAUAUAAUGGGAGCUUGCCAACUCUAGUUUUGAAUCCGUAUUCCUGGACGAAGGUCUCCAACAUUAUCUUUCUUGACUCCCCCAUUGGAACUGGGUUCUCAUUCUCCAGAAGCACCAAAGGUUAUGAAGUUGGGGAUGUCAUAUCAUCAAAACAAAUCUACACCUUUCUCAGAAAGUGGUUCAAGGAUCAUCCCCGAUUCCUCUCCAAUCCUCUCUACAUUGCUGGUGAUUCAUAUGGUGGGAAGAUUGUUCCAGUUGUCGCACAGGAGAUAUCGCAAGGUAUUGAAACUGGACAGCAGCCACUUCUUAAUCUAAAGGGUUAUCUGAUCGGAAACCCUUUAACAGGUGAAAGAAUUGAUGUCAAUUCCCGGGUCCCUUACGCUUGCCAAGUUGGUAUCAUAUCGGAUGAACUCUAUGAGCUGACAGAGAAGAACUGUGAAGGAGAAGAUUAUGAACAUCCAGUUGGUGCGCAGUGUGUUGCAACUCUUGAAGUAGUUGCAGAGUUUUUUCAAGAGAUUGACUAUACCCAUAUCUUAGCGCCUAAAUGUUCUCUGACAUCACUGAAACCAAAGGCAGUGACUGGAGAUAGAAGAAUUCUCAAGGAAAACCAUGACAAAUACUUGAUUCCUCCACCAGCUCCUGCUCUAGGUUGUAAGUCAUAUGCCCACUAUUUGUCCUAUUACUGGGCAAACAAUCAUGCCACUAAAGAGGCUCUCCACAUCCAAAAGGGAACAGUUGGAGAAUGGUUAAGGUGCAACUAUGAGUUACCAUACAAACGGGACAUUCCAAGUAAUGUAAAAUACCAUCGGAAGCUUACAAGUGAAGGGUACCGAGCUUUAGUUUACAGCGGGGACCAUGACUUGGCUAUACCUUUUCUGGGAACGAAAGAAUGGAUUAAAUCUCUCGACUACUUCAUCGUGGAUGAUUGGCGGUCGUGGCAUGCGGGUGGCCAAGUUGCAGGAUAUACAAGAACAUACUCCAACAAUUUAACGUUCGCAACUGUAAAGGGUGCAGGACACACAGCUCCGGAGUAUCGGCCUAAUGAAUGCCUAGCUAUGUUUAAAAGAUGGAUAAAUCACAAGCCAUUAUAAGGUUAAAGCAUCAUUGGAAGCUGAAACCUGAACAGUCCUGCAAAUUGCUGGAUAAAUUGUUGCAUCAAAUUAAUCUGUGCAUCCACAAAUUUAUAGCAAUCAAGAAGUAUGGAGUUUGUUUCUUACCUCCUGCCUCCACAACCCCAUCUUCUCUUCAGCGUCGGCAGAGAAUUGAAUUAAUUACGGUUUCGAUUAACAUACGACUGUAGAAGUUUAAUGAAUCUGGCAUUAUUUAUAGUUUACACUAAUAGCACAACAUUUGAGCAAUAAGAUCCCCAAAAUCCCAAACAAUGGCCCCAAACCGCUAACAUCCAAACGGGCAAACCGCAAGGGAUUCGAAAGAGCACAUAUCCUGCCGCUAAAAAUUGUUCAGGAAGCCAAAAAAAAAUAUAGAGUUCAUCUCAGAAACAUAAAACAAGGGGAGAGACGAAUAUUUUAUAUCAGCUGUAAAAAUGCAAACGAUGGAGACAAUAGAGGUAAAUACGGGGAAAGGGUUCCUUCCUCCACCAAGAAAGGAAAAAAAAAAUAAAAGGAUGAGGAAGACAGUAGAGGGAGAGAGGAGACUUUUGAGGGUGUUUUCGUCCGUGGAGCUUGUGGACGGCUCAAGAUCGAAGAGGGACGGAGACAGAUGGAGACACCGCCACGGUAGCGACGUCGAGGCAACCACGGCUUCAAUCUCAUAGAAGGAUAGGAGGGAAGAUGCUGGCAACGACGGCGGGGGAGAAGCCUGUCCGAUAGAUGGCACCGGCGGCGACCAUAGAAGUAAGGGAUGGCAGCGACGGCCGGCCGGGGAACGAAACAUUCAAAUCAGCCCAUCCCGGCCCAAAAUCCGGCGGGCCUGGGUGGCCCGUAAUCAAUCUAAUGAGACUGUGAGACAGGACCUAUCUUUUUAUGGUCGUGGAAGCAUUUUCUAUAUUUGUCACGAUCAUUAAUGGACUCAUUAUGUGGUCC